AUGGGGCCCGGGUGGACGGCGCUAAUCCCCUUAUUUGGCAAACCCAGACGCAGCUUUGCGUUGAUGAGCACGCUCUCGUCGGGCCGCGAGGUUAGCCGCUCGCGUGCCGGGAGCAGCCGGUGCGACUUCGUUGGCGUGGAGCCGAGAACGGGGGGCUCGAGACGCUCGUCAAACAUCCUCAACAGCCCGGUACAACAUUUGCUAAAGGAAUGGGCGGAAAGACCAUGCCCACAAAUGGACAUCGAGGCCCUUCCACCUCAUCUAUUGGUCCCCGGCUCGAAUAGCCCAGUUCGAAUCAUUGAUCUUGGAGGCCCUGGGCACAAGCAAUUGGUCUCCAUCAUCCUCCCAUGGAUGCACGUCGCCAUCAGCAUCGGCAACGAGGUGACGCUCGAGCAGAUGAAGGCCCUGAUUUUCGGCAGUAUCAAGAGAAUGGCCCAUCCACAAUAUUCCAUCCAGGCCGAAGACUAUAUUUUUCGGGUGGUGACGAUUACCGGAAGUUCGGACCUGCCCGAGCUCACCGAUUUGUUCUUUGAAGAGCAGAUGCUUUGUAAAGUGGAAAUGACGCCGGCUUACCCAGUCUUUUUCUUGUAUGAACCUGAUGGAUUUAGGAAUGAGAAGGACAUUGCAAAAGCGAUAGGGAAUGCAUUGGGAUACCCGUUGAUACAACUCGAGUCGCAGAUCGAUGAAGAGCACCGGGAUUGCCGGGUGAAACUCUUCAACGAGGUCGAGCUCGCUGUGGGAUCUAGAGGAUUGGGUGGAACCGAGCACUACGCUUUCCCGGAAGAUGAUGUCACUUCCGAAGAUACAACUUGCCCUCAGGCCUUGAAAUCGAAAAUCGAGUCAAAUAGUCUCGCCUACCAUGUUUAUUAUCGGACUCAAGACGCAGAAAAGGCGAAUGACGACUCUAAAGCCAAGCUGGUGGUGAUCGACUUCAUGGCCGAGUACACGCCCACGACGCUGAUCCAGAAAACAUUGUCAAAGCUGAAGGAGACCGACGAGCCAGCUGACGCAUUUAUCCUCCAGAUUGCCGGGCAAAAAUGCUAUCUAACCAGCGAUGAGCAUCUACUACUCAAUUUUGGGACAGUGCGCUCCAACCUUGAAGAUUAUCGCUCCCCGCAAUUUGUGUUGAGAAGAAAGGCGAUCGUUUUUAUUGAGUACCCACCGGCGCAAAAGCUUCAUAAGCCCUCUUACGUAAAAGCAGCUGAAGCAGCCGCUGCGGCAUUAACUGACGAUGGCGGAAUUAUAUCGCUCUGGGACCUCGACGCAAACUUGGCACUACGACCCAUCUCGUGCUCAAAAUUGGGAGCCUUUGAGGUGGAGACCUCGAUUUCGGCAUAUUUUGCGGUCUUUGUCGGCCAGGUGAUGCUCUUCCAAUGCAAAAGCUUCAAAGUUCCCACCCACAACCCGAGAUGGCAGAGUGAAUUCAUGGAGUUCGAGCUUUACAUGAAGGAUUUACCGCCAGCCGCCAAUUUAUCAAUAUCGCUGGUCGAGGAAAAGGCGAAUAAGAAGAAGCCAGGAAUUUUGCUCGAGGAACGCGUGCUGGGUUGGGUGAACGUGCCGUUGUUCGAUUGGAAGAAUGAGCUUCUGCAGGGCCAUCACACCUUCAACCUGCACACGACGCCGGUGAAAGGCCCGGGAGUCUACAACGCGGAAGGGCAACUCGGGAAUUCGGAUGCAAAGGGCUCGCCCCGGCUCAUGAUCGAGCUGUUCAAUUGGCAGCGCCGGGUGCGGCUCCCGCCGUUUGAGAUCUAUUCGGCGUUUGUCGAGACGCAGAUGAAAUGGGGCCACAUCCCGGUCCCAAAAGAAGUCCCGAAAAACGAGCAAGCCCUCGUACAGUCGCGAGUUGAAAAUAUUCUUCGAAAGCAUAUGAAUAGUGAAGAUGUAUCCCGGGAGGAAGAGGAUUAUGUUUGGCAUUAUAGACACUUCAUCUCCGUCGUCGUCCCCGACGCCCUGCUGCUCAUCUGCGAGUGCCAGGAGAUGUGGAAGAGCCGAGAAUCUUAUGGAGAGGUUUAUGCAUUAAUGAAUGAUUGGGCGCAACUCUCGCAUGGAGUUUCGUUGUUAUUACUGGGCAAAAGAGGGCUGGACCCGACGAUCCGGCGAUACGCUGUUGAACAUCUUGACGGGACCUUAAGCGACCAAACAUUCCAUUUAUUUAUUUUACCUCUUGUCCAGGCCCUAAAAUGCGAGACAUUUGCUUGCUCGGCCUUGGCGUUGCUCCUCGUCCGGAAAGCCCUUUCCGACUAUCGCAUCGGCCAUAAGCUCUUCUGGAUCCUCCGUGCCGAGCUGGCCGAUUUGAAGCACGAGAUGGAUUUGGGGAAAGGAGAUGGUCAGUUUUCCAACCAGUUCAAGCUGUUGUCGCUGAUCUUGGAGGCGUAUCUACGCGGAAAUGAGGAUCAUAUCAGGAUGAUCACGAGACAGGUGGGGAUGGCGGAUCGCCUUACGCAGCUCAGCGUCAUGCUCAAGUCGUUCACCAAAGAUGUCGCAACAAAGAAGCUUCGCGAGGAACUCAAGCGAAAUCUGUCCCACUUUGAGCACCUCGACUCUCCGCUUGACCCCAGUGAUGAGCUUGGGGAGUUACUGAUCGAUCGCUGCAAGGUGCUUGGCUCGGCAAAGAUGCCGUUGCGGUUAGCGUGGCGGAAUGCCAGCCCGAUGGCGUCAACCUGGCAGAAGAACUACGAGAUUCUGUUCAAGAAUGGGGAUGACCUCCGCCAAGAUAUGCUCGUGCUCCAAGUGCUCGAAAUCAUGGACGCCAUCUGGAAACGAAGCGGCAUAGACUGUUGCCUGUCGCCAUAUCCGGUCUUGCCAAUGGGCACGAAGCUCGGUAUGAUCGGCGUGGUCCAGGAUUGCGCGACCAUUUUCGAGAUCCAAUCGGGUGGCGGGAAGAUGGGAACGGCUGUGAAAAGUUUGGAGACGUCUUUUAUCAAUCGACACGUUAGGGACCACGCUACGGCUACAAAAGACUAUCUGAUGCGUGUCGAUCGUUUCCUCGUCUCGUGCGUUGGCUAUUCCGUUGCCACCUAUAUCAUGGGCAUCAAGGACCGCCACAACGACAACAUCAUGAUGACGAACAGCGGCAAGCUGUUCCACAUCGAUUUUGGGCACAUUCUUGGGCAUGGCAAGACCAAACUGGGCAUCCAACGGGAUCGCGUUCCAUUUGUGCUCACCGAACAUUUCCUGUGCGUCAUCUCCAAGGGGGGCAGCGUGCAGAAGGAUAGCCACGAUGUCGUCAAAUUCCGGCAGCUCUGCGUCAAGGCCUAUCUCUACUUGUGGGACUUCCGCUCGCUUUUCGUGUCGCUCUUCUCGGUGAUGCAGGGUAUGCAGCUGCCCGAAUUGAGCACGAAGGCCGAUCUGGAGUACUUGAAGAAAGCGCUCCAGGUGGAUGUGAUGACGCGCAGCGAUGCCGAGCAGCAUUUUAUUGACGUAUUCACGGACGCUUUCAACGGGUCGUGGAGCACGAAGACGAACUGGUUCUUCCACACCGUCAAGCACUUA